AUGGACUACCGGUUCAAUAGGCCUUCCUCAUCCAUCCGGCUCGACAUUAAGGGCGAAAUCUAUUCGCAGCGGUGCCGCGCAAUGCAGAAACGAAAAAACCACCUCAUUUGCCGCUUUCUAACCUGGCAACGAGAUAAAUCAUCCGAAUUGGUAUCGAGACUUUUUGACCCCUUGACCGCUCCCCCUUAUUAUUGGCCUGACGAGUGUGAGAAGGCACCUGGACCUUGUCUAAUCGAAUUCUUGCGCAUUUUUUACACAUCGAUUCCUAUCAACCGACUAAAGGCCCAACACUAUCAGCAGAUCCUCGAACAUGAAGUCGAUGUAUGGAACAGAGUCUUGGACAAG